AUGACAGCAUCCUCCCAAAAGAGCAGCCUCUACGCUCCCUUUAAUGCACGACUGAACCGCAGAAAAGUUCAAGAAAGGAAAGGAGGAUGGUCACCUCUAAGAAGUAACACAAACGAAUAUCUCCAAAUUGACUUCAACCAGAAUGUUAAAAUCACGAGAGUUGCGACCCAGGGGCGUCGUGACUGGAACGAAUGGGUAAUCACCUACACUCUUCAAUAUUCUGCCGAUGGUCAAUCUAGUUUUCAAACAUACCAAGAGAACGGCAUUGAUAAGGUGAGCGGCGGUGAUAUUUUUAUGCGUCUAAUGUACUCUUAUUCACGUUGCAGAGACAUUCUGAGUACCAUUAAUUUUUACAGGUGUUUUCCGGCAACAGUGACAGGGACACUAUUGUCACCCAUACUCUCAUGCAGCCAAUAGAAGCUCGGUACGUCCAAAUAAAUCCAAAAACAUGGCAUCGCUUCAUUUCAAUGAGGGCAGAGUUCUACGGCUGCAGGCUUUCGGGUAAGCUUUGCAUCCUCUUAUGCUGAUAAUCAUCAUUAUUAUUAUUGAAGUAAGCCUGCUCUCGGUUGUUCAAAGGCUGGAUAACACUAUCCAGCGGAUAAAUCGCUAUUCAGCGGAUAACUGUUUACAAAACUUACUACCCUAUCGGCUGGAUAGCACUUUAUCCGGUGGAUAGCAUUGUCUACGGUUCAAAAAAACCAGGGCCAGAAUGAUAGUGUCUUGAAAUGUUCAAUACAGGUCAUACAUCGUUGCAUCAGAUAAUUAAUUCUCGUGCAAUGAACCUUAUCAAAUAAAAAGCCAUGAUCCUCGAAAAUGAGCGGCAUUUUUAGAAAUGUACAAAAGAAGCCAGAAAAAAAAUCCAGGCUUCUACAGGGAGUUCGCACGCGUGCCUCCCAGAGAUUUGUUAGACGCUACUACCAACUGAGGUAUGAGGCCACGCGACCCUCAUGCUCCACAUUCUGUUAUUGCUCGCCUCUUCAAGUAUCAUGAAAUUUCGCCAUCGUCUGAAGAGUUUUUUUGUCAGUUAACUAACAUGGGUCACGAUUCGAAAACGUUUGCAACAUUUUUAAAAAUAAAGUGAGUAAGUACCGUUGUAAAAUUGACCAGAAUCUGUUUUAACAAGGAAAUGAAAUGAAAAAGUGUAGUAUAGCACUUGUAAAAUAAACGACAUCUGGACUUCCAUCACUCAGUACCUCUUUGCGCGCCGCACCAAUAGUCUCUAAAUAUUAUGUGUGUCUGCUGACAGACCGGUACAAAGUUCUUGGGCGGACCGUUCACAUGAAUUUUGUGCGAGAACACCUAACAUCGCAGCGAAGCAUCAACUUCGGCGAUUCCCAAGAGUGGCCCAAUAACAUUGACCUUCAAGUUAUGGCAGACACCAUUGUUGUAUCGGUAUGAUAAUAAAUUUCUGGCCUAUACUAUUAUCCUCAAAUACAUUGGAGCAAGACCUAUUUUUUUAAAGUAGGUGCAGUUGAUGAGGGCGAGAAGCGGCUAGCUUAGAGGGAAGCAGAUAACUGCGCAGGGAAGUACGAGGAAAUGAAAUAAAAAUUACUGCUCUGAAGUUCAAAUGACGCCAUCUAAGGCAUGGAAGAAUUUUCUGCUUGUCGCUCAGUUGCAAAAAGUUUCAGGUCUGCAGGAAGUGUUGAGGAGGAAGUUUCACAAAUUUAGGAGUUUUUUUAUCCUGUGAAGAAUAUCGUUUAUCUUAUGAAGAUAAGAAAAUGGCGAUCUGGCUAGUUAUUUUGGUCCUUAGGUUCUGUUACAAAACAACAACAAAAACAAAAACGCAAAAUAAAAAUCCCAAGUAAAGAAAGAAACGCGCUGCUUGCUAUAACCAAAGCUGAAAAAAAAAAAACCCGACUGACACAACGGCUCACCCCAAUUGGAUAACCGAAACACUUUAACGGCGUUUGGAAUGCUAAUAGACUUUGGUAAAACAAUAAACUUGUAUUACGCAGGGAAACAUCAAAUUGCGUGGCGCAAAGAAGUUGACAAUGUUUAGCCGUAAACUGGCAUUUGUUGACUCAAGUAGUAAAUUGGACAUCAGAGCUCCGGCGGUGACGAAAAGCUGCAGUGCAGGAACUCUCGGCAAAGAUAGAUGCGAUGGAAAUCAUGGAGCAGAUGGACCAACUGGUAAAGCAAAUAACGCCUUAUCGAAUUCUCUACACUCUUUAAAAUAAAAAGGAGGUGUAUUUCUCUCUACAUGGAUUUAUUGGAGCGCAACCACUCUUAACUGCUUGUAAGCCUUUCUCGAAUGGUUAAGGACACAAUCCAUGAUAGAGAAAAGAAAGAAUUAAAGAAAAAUUUCUUUUUAUUAUCUAGAAGGAAAUCAAUUAGCGGAAAGUCUUUUUUGAUUAUGAUAGCAAGAAUUGUUUUCACAAUGGCUAUUAGCGUGUAAGACAGAUUUAUUCCAAAUUAUUUUAGAACUAUUAUUAUUUCUGAUCAAAUCUAAUUAGUAGGUAAGUAGUUAAGUAAACAAUUCAUUUAAAGAAGGUAGCAGUCAAUAGCUACUAGGCUAAUAAAAUUGUGUUCCACAACACAUAUGAUAAUACUAAUACAUAUAUAGAUAUCAUAAAAUAAAAUAAACACAUUAUCAUAAAAAUAGAAGUAGAUCUCAAGGAUUAAAUGACACAGUCAGGAAACUAUAAAAUGAUUCGAACUCUGUUAAAAUUGCCAAACACGAUUGACUUUUGAGGUUUCUAAGAGUAUGAAUGUGGUCCUUUCUUUUUCAUUUAAUGUGCAGAGGUAUUUUAUUUAUUAUUAUUAGUGGAGAUAUUUGCGGAUACGGCUGAAGGAUACAUCAACAUACUCACAGAUGGAGGAAAUGGUAUGAGAGGCAGCGACGGCGAAGACGGCGCCAAAGGACCUGAUGAUAACCAUCAGGUAUAACAAAGGAAACUUUAAUUACUUAAGAAACAAAUUAUUAUUUUUUCCUCAGUGAAGCGUUCCUUUCAAAGCUGUGUAUCGGCUUUAUGGAAAAGCAUAUAUCUGAUUGAACAAUAGAGUACCAGGUCUGUCAACUGCGAUUGUUUUGAGAAGACAGAUAUUCACCAUAGGACAAGUAUCAAAGAAAUCAUAUCUUUGCAUUUGUUUGGUGUCGGAUGACAUCGUUAGAUUUUAACUUCCUCUGUGAAUUUUGAACUAUGGUUGUGGGCUUCAAUUUCAUUGGUAAUGGAUUUCAAAAUGCCACGAUCCACUUUCCAUGAUAUCCGUUGUUGCCAUGAUAACCUGACCCGGUAUGUUGUAAUUUAUGAUCCAUCAAAUAUUUUUUCUCGCAAGCGAUUUAUCUUCCUUAUAACUCACAGUUUUUUACAAGCUUCGCUCUAAGAAAGCUGUUCUCAUGUCGGAACAGAUAAUUACCAUCAGUGGACAAAUUUCUUGGCAUAUUUUUGCGCCAAAUGGAGGCUGUUGUUUGUAUAGAUAGACAAAAAUUUGGAUAAUGGUAGAUAAUGAUUUUCAAAUUCCACUCAGUCUGAAAGAUAGUAUGUAAGUUCUGUAAACCCUUAAAAAAAGUCUUUAAAUUUCCAAAGUUGAUGAAAGUAUUUUUCGUGUUUUUUUUUAUCUAUCACAUCGCUUUUCAUUUUGUUCAUUUAUUACUCUAAAACUCUUUCAUCUCGACCUAGCAACGUAACAGGAAUCGGAGGGACGAUUGUGAAGGUGACCAGUACACCACAAGAAACAAUCAAGGUGUAAUAACUGCAUGUACAUCAAGAAUCCCCGGGAUACCAGGUCGAAAAGGAAUGCGAGGAUAUCCUGGAGGAUAUGCUGGGAAUGCAGGUUAUUGACUGAUAAGCAAGUCCUUAUACACGAUAAACCCCUUUCCUUUGGGUUGUUGGUAUAUCAACUGAGCCCCAGAUCACUGAUUUUUUCGUAACCGAAAAGGAAAUGUUGAACAAUUUUAGGAUAAAGCAUUUUUUCUACGUUUUAAUUUGUUAGCAGAUUACUUGGGAUCCUACCAGUCGCUUUUACAACUUACGCCUUUGUUUUCCUCACGUUCUCGGUAGGAAAUGGUGGAGAUGCAGGGCAUCAAACAAUCAGCAUCAGAAGCCUGCGGGGGAAGAUGAAUUUUAAGACAUGUCGUGGAACAGGAGGCCCAGUAGCUGCUAAUGGAAGGGGAGGACUGGGUAAGAGAAUUAUAUUCAGUGGUGUCACCUCCAUUUGAUUAAUGUUUGCUCUCUUAUUCAAUCAAACCUGAGAAUAAUUUUUCAAGUAAAAUUUAACCUAUGAUUAUCUCCCAAAAUUAUUAGUAAUAGUGUUUUAUUUAGCGAGGUUUAAUUACAUUAAGCGCUAAACUAUGGCAUAAAAUAGUGUUUUUUAUCGAUUUUUUAAUUUCAUAUUUAUUAACUGUAGAUCCUGUAUUAAGCGGAAAACUUGUGAUAUCUCAGCCAUUCCCCGCGAGUGAGGAAAAAGAGCAUUGAAUACUUUGUGUUGUUAUGAUACCUAAAAAAUCAAUCCCUUUUUGGCGAUUUUCUUUUACAGCUGGUGAUGAAGAAAAAAACUAAUGAUAAAGGAAACGAAAAUGAUUUGACUUGUAGAUAUUAUGUACAAGCCGCGCUGCCAACAUGUGGCUUCGUAGCUCAGCGCAACUAGUACGCAAAAAAACCCAGUUUCGAUUCCGGCCGAAGCUUAGACUUUCUCAGGAUUCCUCUCCAUGUCUUCAUUGUAGCUCACUUACAGGGACCACAUCUUUAGUAAUUUAUCAUCUGCAGAUCAAAGUGAAAUUCAUUUGAUUUAAUUGCGAUAAGAUUCCCUUACGGAAGCGAAUAAUCCUCUAAAACGUACCUGACAUCCAACGUAUGGCUUAGCUGAGUUACAUGUGAGAGGCAUGGGUUCGAAUAUUUUCCAAGACUGAAUUUUCCGGCUAUGCCUCUUUUCUGCACUUUUUUUGUUCAUUGAAACUUACUCACGCGGAUCAUCUCCUAAAUUUGAUUUUCUUUUCAACAGGAGGUCAAGGAGGACGUGGAGGCCAUGGGAUUAGAUGUUAUCAUGACCGAGUCUGUUGGUACACUGCGUGUACCGGACACUGUUACAAGCGUGGUACCUUACCACAGGCGGCGCGCGGGCCUCCUGGCGAUAAAGGACCUGAUGGACCAGGUUAAGUGGGUUUAAUUCUUCAACUGUGUCAAAAGUAUAAUACUCUCUAAGCUAUUACUGAAACCCUGUUGCCACUCAACUGUUCUAAGGAGACAAUAGAAUAAAAGAAUAGAAAAGAAUAUCUUGUUGUUAGCCAACUGCUCUUAGGAUAGUGUAGAAACACUUCUUGGAUGGGAGUAAGGUAUAGCUUACACCGACAGACUGACUGACUGCAUGUAUAUGAAUGAAUGAAUAUUUCAUCAAUGAAUGUCCAUUUUACUUACUGAGCGACUGACUGAUUGCCUUGUCUAUUGACGGAUCGAAUGACUGAGUUUCCGGCUUCCUGACUGACUAACUGUUUAAAAGACUCACUCACUCACUCACUCACUCGCUCGCUCGCUCAUCGACUGAUUGAGUAUGCUAUAGCUUUCAGGCUUACUUAUUUAUAGUUUUGGGUAAUUCUUUAAGUUGUGGUUCGAUCUCGAUUAGUUUGAAAUACAUAACAUUCUCUUUUAUCAUACCAUAGCUUUGGUGAUGCCUGGUACUAAUGGUGAGGUAGCAAACUCCUACCUUCAAAACUCAGAGCUCAGUCGCAGCCAAAAAGAUAUGUAUCCAUUGCCACUGCUAAAGGUGAUAACGAGAUACGCUGAAGACCUUGUCUGGGCAAACAAGACAGCAGACGCCAAAGCAGUCUUGACCUUUUUAGUCAACGUUACAGACGGAAGAUCAGACUCAUCGGAACUGGAAAAGCGUGAGUAUAACUAUCAAAGCGUAGUCAUUCAAUGCAAAAACAUAAUUAUGGACAGCGACCAAAUGUAUCGCUUCUUCUUAAAUUAGAUGCACAACGAAGGUUGACAUUCCUAGACGCUGCAGGAUAUGACAGAUUUGGAAAUAAUGAAUUGUUUGCUCCUCUUAUUAAAUGGGAGACAUUCAAGACAAAGCUGACAACAUUGAGAGACAACGCUAGGGACUACGAGAGUGCUUACAAUGGAAUUCAGACAUCGAUUCAACAAAAUGCUGGGAUAAAACAAAUAGCACAAACUAUUUCUACAGCAGCGAGGAUUCAGGUCAACAGCCAAAAAUCCAGACUUCAAGAUGCGAAAAAAACAGCAAUGGACGAAAAAAACGUUUACGUCCAAGUAUGUAGCAAAUGUCCUGUAUUGUUAUGUCAUGGACCUGUACAUAUCUAGUAAUAUCAUAACCAUUUUCUUUAAUUUAGGCAAAAUAAUAUUUGGUUUUGAGAAAUAAGCAAAGCGAACAAGAUAGAUAACGUUUGGAACACGAAAAGAGAAAUUCCAUAUCUAUAAGCAACCAUGUAUUAUUUUGUUUAUUAUAUAAACACCAUAGGCCUUUCCUGACAAGGAAAUUCGACAGAUGACCUUGGAUUGGGAAUGGUGAACUCUGUCAUUCAUUUCUCAACCUGACCGGGUGGCACGAAAGGCGACUGACGUGUCAGCAGCUGAUUGACGAUAUAAAUCGCACAAAGAAAAUUAUCCAAAUUUUACACGUGUACAGUUUAUAUAAUAGAGUUCCUUAAACCAUGAAACUUUUUUCCGUUUAAAUUGAGUACUUAGCUAGUUUAUUUGUUACACUUUCUAAAGAAGCCAAGAUUAACCUAAUACAUUAAUUUCAGUUCCGAAUAUUACGAAAUCCUCUCUUGCGUGUUUUUUUCCUGCAUUGUUGUUCUCCCUGUUGCUGGAGACUGUAUGUUUCCUUCAUUUGUUCAUCCCAUCUUAUCUAAUCUGAAUAGAUUCCAUGUUGCGGUCGUCUUAUAAGUGAUAGAUCGCAGGUGACGUCAAAAUGUAGCAAGAACAAAAAAGUACCACACACGGCUGUCUUCUGCGAUUCUUUACUGUACAGACCCACUGCAACAUCGAUUCUAUUUGAUUUACAUAGAAAAAGGCAAUAUGCUGUUGAUGGUUUCGUCAUCUAUGCGUCUUUCAUCCAACAGAUCAUAAGUUAGAACCAUUUAAAAUGUUUCUAUAAAUUUUUUAGUUAGUCAUCUAAUUUUAUUUUAUUUGAUUUUUGCUGGAUUAGGCUAUCACCCAACUGGAGCUUAACAUGAAUGGCUCUCUUACAGCUCUAUCCAAUGAGCUGCCUGAUGGAGAUGCAGAUGCAGAGUUCACAAAGCGAGACCUCUUAGUUGUACUCCAAGGACUCGCAGGGAUUGUUGCUGCAGGUACAAUAAGUGAUCCCUUCACGGUUGCUUCCAUCACUUUCAGAGUGAUCGGGAAUUUUGCAACGCAAUGCAACACCGGGACACUCCAAGAAAACAAAGACAAACUCUUAAAGUGGCUGACAUUUGGUAAGAAUUAUGCUGCUCUUAAAGAUUCAAGUGAAUUGGAUUUUACCCAAUUGGAUGUAGAAGCUGUACCGGAAAUCAUGAAGGUAAAAUACCAUAUGUCUUCUAAAAUGAUCACAAUUAGUUGCAAAGAGCUUUCGAGCCAUCUUAGAUUUGUGCAAUAAAGUUGUUGUUUCAAAUUUCAGUCAUGAUGAAGGGGUAAAUCCUACACGAGACCCUGCUUGAGAUACGUAACGGCUCGAUCAAAUUUCAACUACAAAGUAAACCCUUGGGGUUUGGAGAUAAGGCUCUGGUCUUAUGUUUACUUUAACAGGCAUGAGUUUUCGGUUUAUCUGCGUCAAGGCAAUUUUCCAAUUAUUUUUCAUCCCAAAUUAUUUUUCCAAAUGAAAUAAAGAGUGGUCAAAAAUUGAAAACUUUCCUCGAAUUUUCACACUGAUAUAUGCAAGCAAUCAAAUGGCACUCAUAUUCUAUUUCGUUCCAUACUGUUUUCCAAGGCCAAUCUAGAAAUAAACAAGGAAGGUCUUAUAGCGGACCUUGGAUGCAUGUUAAACGAGGCAUCGGGGGCAUUUAAAAGGGAGAUGGAAAGCUUCUUUAUUUCUGGUGCAGCAAGGAUUGACCUCAUAGCCAAAGUUAUCGACUUAUAAUUUUGACAUUCAAAAUUUAGAGGCAACGUCUAAUGAACUAGCAAGUCUUCGUAGUGCUGGCGGUAAGAUUUAUUCCUUUGUAAGAGAUAGCCUCUAGUUAUGAAUGUUAGCGUUGAAGACGUGCUCUGAUUGGCUACUCAAACUCCGAGUAUCCUUUGCUAUUUACUUCCGACCAAUUCGCGUGAGAUUUGCGCCCAAGGAUUUUUUAACUGUUGUAGGAAUAAAUGAGUUAAAUUAUCUUUUCGUGCUAUACCAUCUCAUUUGUUUAGUAUAUACUAAAACAAACAUUCAUCUCAGUGUUUGUGGCCAGAGGUAGACAUUAACCUAUCCGCCUCGCGACGAUAAAUAUCUUCCAUUAGCCACCUCCACUACGGAGAAUGACUUUUUAUCCUUUUUACCCCAAAAUUGCUUUAUUUAACUUGAACUUAAAAUCAAUAUUCACACAAGUAUAGCCUAGGAUAUAUUUAAUAAAAUGCAUCAUGAACCUGACGUACAGUGUACGUUAAUCAUGGGAUAAGACUGUUCCCAAUUUCCAGCCCGAGCCUACGAUACUGUAAUCCUCAGCGGCUGGAUUAUUUUGGGCUUCACAUCUAAUAUAACUCACUCGCUGGAGCCAUUUGUUUAUCCCAAGUGUGCAUCUGCUUUAAACCGUUCAUAACCUUCACGUUGAACAUUAUCACCUUCAAUUUACUCACUCAGCUUCACCUAUAGCUGAAAAUAUACAGCAGAUUUUUCUCGACGAUCUCCUGACUUCCUAUCAGCAAAUGGAAACCAGUUUCACCAAGAAUCUCAUCCAGCUAUACAAAGGCUUCGAGUUCCGCACACUCUGGAAUGUAGAUGGCACCCUAAAAAAUCACCAACGACUCGCAGUUGGGGCUGCUCCCGGCACUGGACAACUGCGGGGAGUUUUAGAGUUGAACAACGCUUUGACAGCGUUCAAUUCUGUUCUUAGGAAAGGACAGCAAUGCUUUUCACAGUUCAUUCACCAAACCAGCACUCACAAAUGGUCUUUUAACAGUACCACACACCCUUUA